AAUAUGUCAGCUUCUAAACAAAUCCUAAUCGGAACGUGGAAACGUUGAUUUGAUUAAUUGCUGCUAAUUAAACCCCUAAAACAAACCUACCGCGAGAUUUGGGAAUUCACAACUUAUUCUCCGUUGUAAAUACAGAGAGAGAGAGAAAGCACUUAGUCCGCACAGUCGUACACUGAAAACCUAAUGGUCUGUGAGCUUUGGUGUGGAUUUAUUAGGAAAUGGCGUGCCGUGCUCGCAUCGAAUUAUUCGUUCAGCUCGAUCUGAGAUUAUUUUGAUGAUUUGUCGGAGUGAUCGCGUGACAAUCUGAUUGGAGAAAUUAGAGAGUUUUAAUUUUUCGAAUCAUCGAUUUUUGUGGUUUAUGUUGAUCGGAUUUUAGAUGAGUGUUUGAGGUUUGAAAAGUGGCAGUAAGUGAGCAUUGGAGGUGGGGAAAAUGAGCAGCAGAGGGAUGAAAACUGUGGGUGUUCGCGACCUAGUCGAGGAAGCUAAGAAGCGUACUGUUUUUCUAAUCGUAAGCGUUGUUGGAUUGUCCUACCUCAUGUCAUUAACAAGUUCCUCAGUUCUAGUCAACUUGCCUGCCGCUCUCUUGUUAAUUAUCAUUCUUCGCUAUUUGUCAUUGGAUAUGGAUAUACGGAGGAAAACUGCAACUUACAAAAGCAAACAAACAUCAGCAAACAUUUCUUCUAAAAAAAAUCCGCUUAAGGGCCUCAGAAUUGAGACUGAAAGGUCUGACUGGAAGCAUAAUGUGAACUCUCCUGUUGUUGAAGAUGCAAUCGACCAAUUCAGUAGACAUAUUGUCUCUGAGUGGGUGACAGAUCUGUGGUACUCACGAAUAACGCCAGAUAGACAGGGUCCAGAAGAGCUCGUAGUGAUCAUGAAUGGCGUAAUUGGAGUUAUUUCAAAUCGCAUGAGAAAUGUUAAUUUGAUAGAUCUUUUAACAAGGGAUAUCAUCCGAAUUGUAUGUCGUAGGUUGGAGCUCUUUCGUGCAACAAAGAUAAAGAUUGAGAGACAUCAAUCAAGAUUCUUGACCGUUGAGGAGCGAGAUAUAGAAUUAAAGUCUCUUCUGGCUGCUGAGAACAAACUGCAUCCCAUUUUAUUUUCUGCUGAAGCUGAGCAUAAGGUUCUCCAGCAUGUUAUGGAUGGCCUUAUUGUACUUACAUUUAAGCCAGAGGAUCUGCGAUGCUCUUUGUUCCGCUAUAUUAUCAGAGAACUCCUUGCUUGUGUUGUAAUAAGACCAGUUCUGAAUCUUGCUAACCCCAGGUUUAUUAAUGAGAGAAUAGAGUCCUUUGUUAUUUCUAGAAAAGUUGAAAAAGGAAGUGUGGCGACGAAUGCAGUAUCAGAGUCUAGAACAAAUGCACCUCCAAGGAUUCCAUCUGAUCACGUCACACAAAUAGCAGAUCCUUCUGUCAAGGGUGUUGAACUGGUACAAUUGAAGAAGGAUGAAAAAUAUAAAGAGGUCAAUACUCAUGAAUCAGAUGCCAUGACUAGGGAAAUCCUUUCUAAGGAUCCAUUGCUUUCCAUGGAUGCACGGUCAACUCGCUCUUGGAAUUCCUUUUUUCCAGACACUCAUAAUGGUGAGGAGAAAGGUCUUCAAAGAGAACUCUCGGGGGGAGAAUGGGGUAAUGCCCUAGACGUGUUCUCUCGAAGAAAAACGAAGGUCCUGGCUCCAGAACAUUUCGAAAAUAUGUGGACAAAGGGAAGAGACUACAGAAGGAAGGAAGAUACAGAUACAUUGGCUGAUCAUGCACAAAGGAACUCUGUUGUGGGGGUAUCCAAUUCAGCAAUGCAGACAAAUGGUCUUCCUGAGCAGAAGAAAAAGGAGAAGAGCACAGCAGUAAAUACUAUGGGGAAAGAUUUGUUGGACUCUAGAUUUAAUAGAAAGCCAGAGGAAGACAAUGCUGAAUCCUUACGUGAAGAGGAAGAUCAUGAAAGUGUGCCUUCUGAUGAGGUUGAAUCCUGGAGCAGUAGUUAUACUGAGGAUGAUGAUAUGAACAAUGUUAUGGGUCUUGACUCUCCAGGUGUUAAAGUUUGGGAUGGUAAAAAUAAAAGAAAUUUCAGCCAUAUUCAUCACCCCCUCGAAACUUUUGACAGGCACAAGAGCACGAAAACUAAGAACAGUCAACUUCGUUCCACACUACAGAGAACAAAGUCUGCAAAGAAAAGAUCUCGAUCUAGUACUAAUAAUGGGCAAAUCUGGCAAGAGAUCGAGCGAACGAGUUUUUUAUUAGAAGGGCAGGAUUUAUUGAACUUGAACCACUCUAAAGUAACUGGCAAGCCUGGAGACUCAAGUGAGGACUCUGAGGCAGAGCUAUUAGGUAGAAUUAAUAGUGGAGCUACAACUUCAUCAUCUAUGUCCUAUGCUUCUUUACCUGAAAGUCGAAGUCUGGCUGCUAAUUCGGCAAAAACUUCAGUAAUUGCUGAUUCAUAUUUUACAUUAAGAUGUGAGGUAUUGGGUGCCAAUAUUGUAAAGAGUGGAUCCAAAACCUUUGCUGUUUAUUGCAUUUCUGUUACAGAUAUGAACAGUCACAGUUGGUCUAUCAAAAGAAGAUAUCAGCACUUUGUGGAGUUACAUAGGCGUCUGAAAGAGUUCCCUGAAUAUAAUCUCCAUUUGCCACCAAAGCAUUUCCUCUCAACUGGCUUAGAUGUGUUUGUCAUCCAAGAGCGAUGCAAAUUGCUUGACCAGUAUCUGAAGAAACUUCUUCAAUUUCCAACAAUUUCCUGCUCGAUCGAAGUUUGGGAUUUUCUUAGUGUCGAUUCUCAGAUGUAUAUAUUUUCAGAUUCAUUGUCCAUAAUUGAUACUCUUUCAGUUGACCUAGAUGAAACAGUACACCCGAAGAUCAAGGACUACAGGGAUAAUAUAGGGCCUGCAUAUGACCAGUUAUCAUCCAAAAAUGAAAUUCUCAGUCAUGGAAAUCAAGAUUCUGCUUCUCGAAUCAAGGGUGACCAAGCUACUGAUGGAUUGGGGAUGAAAGGAAAAGGUCAAGUUCCAUCUUCAUCAAAAAGGCCUGAAAAGGAAUUCAAGAAGGGAUUUGAUCACUCAAAUAAUGACUCAGAAAACUCAGAGCAAAAGAGCGUAAAACGGUCCAGUAACUUAGAAAGGACCGUGGAUAGAGACCAUCAAACAUCACAUUCCCUUUCUGCAGAAGAUUCCUCUGAUCCAAUGCUUCCCAGUGAGUGGGUGCCGCCUAAUCUUAAUGUUCCCGUAUUCGAUUUGGUUGAUGUCAUUUUACAACUUAAAGAUGGUGGAUGGAUCAGGAGAAAAGCUUUCUGGGUAGCCAAACAAGUUUUACAAUUGGGAAUGGGCGAUGCUUUUGAUGAUUGGUUGAUUGAGAAAAUACAGCGUUUUCGUAGGGGUUCAGUGGUUGCUUCUGGAAUCAGGCGGUUGGAGCAGAUACUGUGGCCUGAUGGAAUAUUCAUAACUAAGCACCCUCGGAGGCAGCGACCUCCUCCUCAUACUCCAUCCCCUGGGGACCAAUCUCCCGCUCCAUAUUCUUCACCUAAAACGGAAGAUCCCCCGACUCUGGAGGAAAUACAAAAACAGGAAGCUGAACGGCGAGCCAAAUUUGUUUAUGAAUUAAUGAUUGACAAGGCUCCAGCAGCUAUUGUAGGCCUUGUUGGACGUAAGGAAUACGAGCAAUGUGCAAAAGAUCUUUACUAUUUCAUUCAGUCAUCCGUCUUUAUGAAGCAGCUAGCUUUCGAUAUUCUCGAGCUGCUGCUCUUGUCUUCAUUUCCGGAGCUUGACCAUGUUUUCAGAGAAUUGGAUGAGGACAAAGAGAAGUUUGGCAAACCCACAUAGAGCUAGGAUAAAUUGAGGGAUAAAGAAAGAGUGAUUUCUUGCUUGAGAUUAUAUCAGAUCUAUCGAGUAAGCGUGUACAGCGACAUCUUUAGUUUCUCAUACACCAUUGGAAAAAAUACCAAAUACUUUGCAGCCAUUUUGUGUAUUCCAAAGGCUGGAGUAGAGAGUGUCCAACGCUGGUGAUCGGCUCAGUAAUUGGAAUUGAGCGUUGUAUUUCAAUUUUUAUUAUUUUGAAUCAAAGUGCAUGUAUAAUUUUUUUGUUUAUCUAAUGGUUUAAAAAAAAACGAAUAUUAUUUUUCUUUU